GUAAUUUUUUGUUUACCUCCGCUACCUUUCUUGUUCUUGCGUUUUGAGUUCAUCGCCACGACCAAAGAAAUAUGGCAGAUGAUAAAAAUGAAGAUUCACAAAUGGAUAAAUCUACAGAAAGCAAGGGCCAGCAGCAAAUGAUAACUGCAGAAGAACGUUCAGAAUAUUUUAAAAAAUUAGAGAAAUGGUUACAUGAAGCUUAUGCUUGGCAGAGUAUGGCUGCAAUGUUUCCAUAUUAUUUAAUGUCUAGUCAGAUGAUAAAUUCAGCAUCUGGUGUACCGUCGUUCUCAUCACAAGUACCAAACGUAACAAAUACACAUAGGUUAAUUGUUGGCACAAGUGAUCAGGAAAACGAUCCGCUCAGACAGAGGAGGCCCCAAGACCAUGUAGGACCUCCGUUUCAACCUCCUGGAGCUGAAGGUUUUGUGUACCGUAUACCUCCAAUAUGGAAAAGAUUAGCAGCAGAUUUUAUAGAUGCAACAAUGUUGUUUCUCUUGAAAUUCUCUAUUACUUUCAUUGCUAUUCAUGUUUUUGAUUUUAUAGAUAUAGAUGAUCUAGACUUGGUACGGGCAAAUUUGAGAAUUGACUAUAAAAUGGCUUUAGAAAUGACAUAUGGUAUACUAAUGUUAGAAAUAAUCCAUCGUGUAAUAGUGUGCAUUAAUGAGGCUUUCUGGCUUCAACGGGGUCUGAAUGGCCUUAUUGGUGGUGCAACACCAGGAAAAUCAAUUAUGGGAUUAAUAGUUGUUCAAUGUCGUAGUGUUACACCUGUUGAUAGACCUGAUGAUCCUGAUGUUGUACUUGUUUCACCAGGAACAGACUUAGGUUUACCACUUGCCCUUGGGAGAUCGGUAGUGAAGAAUAUGAUUCUAGCAUUUCUAUUCCCUGUAUGCUUUGCCCUAUUCUUCUUCAGGUUUAACAGAACUGUCUAUGACCUACUCUGUAAUUCUAUCGUGGUUGAAGAUCCCUAUAGGAACUUGAAUAAUAAUAGACUUCAUCAACAAUAAAUGUAUGCUUUAAAAAAUCAAAGAAGAAUCAAAUAUAUAUCUAAACUGUAUAUAUUGUAUGUUAGCA